UCUAAGCAACAAUGCCCCUGCUAUUGAUAUUGCAAUUGCUGUCUGCACCCUAUUAUGGCGGACACAAGUGACACAUUUAGUUCUUGGUUAACCGAUAAAUUAAAGUCACUGAAUACCGAUGAAGUUGUGUACGGAAAUUACAUAAGAGCUAUACUAGAUGGUAAUGAAACGGAGGAUGAAAAAUCAGAGGCACUCGAGGGUGUUAUUGCGGGGAUAACGGAGGAAAACAUCAGUGAACAUGUGGCGAGUAUACUUGUUGCCUACAAGAAAUUAUUCCCGAAGGAGACGGUGGCUGAGGCACUUGAGCCUGCUGAGGAGGUUGAGGUGAGACUAGCCAGGUUGAUGGAGUCUCAGAGCCUGCCCACGACGACCCAGCGGAGUUACACGGCUGAGGAACUGAGAAUUCGAGAGGCCAUUCUCUCCCAGUAUUCCCAGAUGUCGGACGGCGAGGAGGAGGAGGGCGAUGGGGACGAGGAUGGCGUUGCCUGUGCCAAGCCUGAAUGUGGAAUUGAGAAGAAUACCAAUGCUGCUAAUAUUCUACAGCAGCAGAGGGAGAUGAGGGAGAGGGCCAAGCUCGAUAGUCAGAAGAAGAAGGAGAAGGAUAAGGAGGAUCGGGAGAAACAAAAACAAAUGAAGGAGGAGAAGAAAGAGAAGCGUAAGACAACAAAGGGUGAGCGUCGAAGGUAGCAUGAUGACAAAUGAAGUGAAUUUCAUAAUUCAAUUUGCAAACUCACCUCUAGACACCUAAUAAAUUCCUCCAAAAGUCAUGAAGAUAACUUAUUUGAACUGCAUGUCAUUUGAAAUCCAAAGCAUAGACGUUUAUAGACUCAGCCACAAUUGUAUAUUCCGCAUUUAUUUGUUUUUAAUAAAAAUAACACUGUCUGUCUUGCGAAGAGCCAGAUAACAAGUAAA